AUGUCCUCCUCCAACGGCGAUUCUCCCAUGCCCCCUCCAGCUGCUGCUGCUGCGGCGCCGCGUGGCGAGUCUCCUACUGGCUCACCACGCCGCUUGUCGACCUCUUUGCAGGCUGCCGCGACCAUGAAUGCCGGCCUUCAGCACGAACCCUCCAGACGUUCAUCUAGCGGUUCUCUCUCGCGAAGUCGACACUCUCACAGCGCCGGCCGAAGGCGAUCGACUGUCUUGAUGAACCUGCAGCUCAACGAUCCUUCCGUUCCAGGUCCGGGAGAAAUGGUCGCAGAUAAUCAGCCCACACAUUCCGGCGGUGCCACGACUGCCAGUCCCCAGCCUAUGGCAAGCUCCCCAAUGAUGGUGGCGGGUGGCGAUCCCCAUCACAACCGCGCCCCAAGUCUGGGAGAGCUUCACCAGGAGCUCGAGGCUGAGCAGGAAGCUCAAGUUAACCGUUUGCUUGGUAUGAUCCGCCAACAGCAAUUACAGCUUCAGCAAUUGCAAGCUACUCAGGGGCAGGGUUCCUCUGCUAUUGAGGACUCUGCGAUUGCGUCCGAGAGGUCCAACCAAGGUACCCCUGUAUCGCAGCCAGCCAGCGCCGUACCUCCCUCGGGAUUCUCGCCGCUGCCUCCUUCUGGCUCCUUUUCGCGGUCCCCAGGUGUGCCGCAUCAUCCUCGAAGCUCUUUCGAUGUAGCGAGGGCGGAUAUCCAGCGACGGUCUAGAACGCCGAGCCGUGGAGCUUCCCCAAGGCUGCGAUCUACGUCUAUAAGCGGAGAUAGCGGUGAUCACUGGGUUCUUGGGGGCCGUGAUGAGAGUGCCUUCUAUCAAGCUGAAACCCAGAUGCUCGUCAGAGAGAACCAGAUGCUCCGUCACCGCAUCCGCGACCUGGAAAGACAAGUGACGGAGCUGGUCCCUGGAAAGUCAGGCCAGGGUAACCCUAGCGAGCCAGCUCACCCUUCCCAACUCAUGAGAGCCACCUCCGCAGGCGAGGAUGAGCUGACGACUGCUCGGGCUACGCCGUCCAUCGUUGCGGGCUCGUCUGCGGGCGAGGCAGCCAAGGAGACAUCCAUCAAUGGUUUGAGCCGGGCCCGACGAGGCUUCUCAUCCACGGCCUCGGCGAGAGCCGACUUCACCCACAUUGUCGUAGGAGGCGGCGCCGUGGGUCUGGCGACAGCCCGCGCCCUCGCCCAACGCCCGGGCACAUCGACCGUCCUCCUCGAGCGCCACGGCGCCGUCGGCACGGAGACGUCCUCCCGCAACAGCGAGGUCAUUCACGCGGGCAUCUACUACGGCGCCGGCACUCUCAAGACGGAGCUCUGCGUCCGCGGCAAGGAGCUCCUCUACGCCUUCUGCCGCGAGCGUGACGUCGGCCACGCCAACACCGGGAAAUGGAUUGUUGCGCAGACGCCCGCGCAGCGUGAGGCCCUCGAGCGCGUUCACGGCUUUUGUAAGAACGAGAUCAACGUGCCGAUCCGCUGGGUCGCCGCCGAGGAGGCUCGUCGGCUGGAGCCCGACGUCCGUGGCGAGACUGGCAUCCUCGAGAGCCCCACGACGGGCAUUGUCGACUCGCACGGCUUGAUGGUGGCCCUGAUGGGACUAUUCGAAGACGCGGGGGGUGUGGUGGCCCUGAGUUCCGCCGUGACGGGUGUGAAGCCGCUCGGCGACAGGGGCAGCCAGGGAUGGGAGGUGCAGGUGCGGGACUCGACGACGGGGGAGGAGAGCGCCGUCACGGCCGAGGUGCUGGUGAACUCGGCCGGGCUCGGGUCCGUUGACGUGCACAACAUGAUUGUCCCUCCCGAGGAGAGGCGGGAAUUGUUUUAUGCCAAGGGCAACUACUUCUCGUAUUCCAGCUCCAAGCCCAAGGUCGGCAGACUUAUCUAUCCAGCGCCGGAGCCGGGUGCCGGAGGGCUGGGUACGCAUUUGACGCUGGAUCUCGGCGGGAGGGUGCGCUUCGGGCCGGACGUGGAAUGGGCCGACUCGCCCGACGACCUGGCCGUCAACACAGCGAGACUCCCGCUGGCCAUCGAAGCUAUCAAGAAGUACCUCCCUGACCUUGAUGAGAGCUGCCUGGAACCGGACUACACGGGCAUCCGCCCAAAGCUGGGACAGCGUGGAGCCGUGGGAUCCGGCUCGGGUUUCCACGAUUUCGUGAUUAGGAGAGAGGAGGGCUAUGAAGGCUGGGUGAAUCUACUGGGUAUCGAGAGCCCGGGGCUCACGAGCUGCUUAGCCAUCGCAGAACGGGUUGACAGGCUUCUGUACGGGUGA